UGCUUAGUUUAACGAUAUCGUUUUCGCUGAGUGGGGCCAGUGCCGUGCUAGCCGUUUCAACUCACCUGCAGCCAUAAAUUCCUAACAACUCACUCCUAGGCCAUGAUACGGUAUCGGGUGGUUGCGCUUGUUUUAAUUAUGCUGCUAAUUUAUUUCUUUCGGCUCAUUUUCGCUUCCGGUGGCGAUCGAAGUCAGUUUUAUCAAAACUGCUUAAAGUUCUGUACGCUUGACAAUUGUACACAGUCUGGUUUGUCGUACAAGAAGGAGUUACUGUGGAAGCAUGAUCCAAUCAAUACACUUUUGCUGUGGACAUGCUAUGAUGAGUGCGGUUACGAUUGCAUGUGGAGGACAACGUCAGCUUUCCAUAACCGCAACUGGACUACGCCACAGUUUUACGGCAAAUGGCCGUUUGUACGAUUCCUCGGAUUGCAGGAACCUGCAUCGGUGUUGUUUUCAGUUGCUAACUUUGUUACACACUAUAAAAUGCUGCAACGGUUCAAGCGCGAAGUGCGCACCGAUAGCCCAAUGUACGGCACGUGGCGAGCCUUUUCCUACAUCUGUUUGAAUGCGUGGAUUUGGUCGGCAAUUUUUCACACGCGCGACUUUCCCAUUACCGAGCUGCUCGACUAUACGUUCGCUUACUCGAUGGUGCUGGCUUCGUUCCAUUGCAUGGUGAUGCGCAUGAUACACCGAAUGUCGAUCUUUGUGCGAGGCUCGUUUAGUUUUCUAUGUGUGCUGUUUUUUAUCAACCACUUUUCCUACCUUAGUAUUGGCCGGUUUGAUUAUUCGUACAAUAUGAAAGCCAACAUUGUGACGGGUAUGAGUGGUGCACUUGGAUGGAUUCUGUGGUGUUUCCUGCAGCGCCGGAAGCGACGCUACGUUUGGAAGUGCUUUAUCUUUAUCGUGCUAGCGACAUCGUCCCUACUACUAGAAAUUAACGACUUCCCACCGAUCCUGUGGACGUUCGAUGCACAUUCGAUAUGGCAUUUGGUAACGGCACCGCUAACAAUACUAUUCUAUAGUUUUAUCAUUGAAGACUGUAAAACGUUGCGUAAAGAAUUGGCGAACGUUGAAGAUGAAGAGAGCCGCAAACUGCUUUAAGGUUUUCCAAUAACGAGGAAGGAAAGUGUUGAAAAGUUACCGAAGUAAAGGAUCCAUUGCUAUACCGUUGAGGACAAUAAUACAAAACAGCAACAUGUGCAGCAGAUAGAGCAAUACGGUAACAAUGAGAGCGUAUUUGGCAAUUUAGGAUGACUCUCUCUCUCGGUACGCAUUUUUGGCCUAUAGUUUAUAGCAUAAAUUUUCGUCACAUUCUUUCGCAUGGUUCACGAAGGUUUGAAUGUAAGUUAUUUAAGCACGAAGCCGUAUAUGCUCGGUUUCAUACCUUUUAACAGUUUAUCGUGAUCAGCUAGCAUAUAAAUGACAUAUAAUUAGCUACACAACGGUGACGAUUCAAAAUUAUGCCAAAAUUAAUUACAUUCUGCCAUAUUAAAUUCGACCGUUUACCUUAGAUUUUGAGCCAAAAGUAUGCUACGGCUCUGGAUGUCGUUUAUUCAGCUGUUAGAUAUUGUACAAGAAAUACGUCAAUUCGUAGAGUGCAUACGAAGUCAAAUCCCCCCUUUUUGGAAUCACAUAUUUAUUCAACGAACGCACGUAAUUCUAGUCAUGAACAUGAAACAUUCACUGGAUGGUGUAACCGUAGCCUACAGACGCGCGUUCGGUGAGAGUACGUAGAGAACGACCACGUAGCUCAUGGAUAGGUCAGUUUUUUAAACUCUUUUGGAUCCUUCUUGUAGAACAGAAGCUACGUUUUAUGCUCGUGUGUAUUCCAGAAUUAUCAAUAAGACAUAUUAUAUAGUGCAUAUUACACUACACAACACAGAAAAAAGACUAGUUCGUAAGUAUUAGUGUUAUAA